GCAACCCGACGAUGGCAACCCUGAGGCGGCAGGGGUCAGAGGCAGCCGCGUGGUCCGCGGACAACUUCCCUCUCGUGUGAAAUCCGCCUCUCCCGCUGCGCGCGCGCGCAGUCCCCGCACAGAGCCAGACGCGAACUUUUUUUUGGGGGGGGGAGGUGGGGGCGAGCAGGAAGGAAGGAAGGAAACAGGUGUUAACCCUUCCGCAGCUGCGCUCCGUUUAAGAGCCGCCGCCCAAGAGCCGUCGGCCAGUUUUGCCCGGGACUUGGCGAGCGAAGAGCGAGCGCUGCGCCUCCGCGUUGUCUGCGCGCCGUGCGCUCCAGGCUUGCCAAGAGUUAACGCGGGAGAGCCGCGACUGUGGUUACUGAGGUUACCCAGAAGGAGCUAGACGUUGGAAGCCGCAGACGUUUGGACCUUGAAGCCCGGGGCAGCUGCUGAACUACCUGCUCCACAUCGCCUCUUUGUGGCCGUCUGGAGAACUGCAACUCAGGCUGGCACCAUGGACUCCACCAAGGACCCCCACGUGAAGGCCUUCGGUGGAGUCAGCGACUAUCUCAACUAUGAGAUCAUCAUAGAGCAUUACAACUUCACGGGGAAGCUCAAUGAAAAGGCGGACACCGGGAUCAAAGCAAGUUCUACGGUCUUCAUCAUCAUCUGUUGCUUCAUCAUCCUGGAGAACAUCUUUGUCCUUCUGACCAUCUGGAAAACAAAGAAGUUCCACAGGCCUAUGUACUAUUUCAUUGGCAACUUGGCACUCUCUGACUUGCUGGCCGGGGUGGCUUAUGUCGCCAACCUCUUACUGUCCGGACACAAGACCUACACCCUCACCCCUGCCCAGUGGUUUCUUAGGGAAGGGAGCAUGUUUGUGGCAUUGUCCGCCUCUGUGUUCAGCCUCCUGGCCAUCGCCAUUGAGAGAUACAUUACAAUGUUGAAGAUGAAGCUUCACAACAGCAGCAACAGUUCCCGUUCUUUCCUCUUGAUCAGUGCCUGCUGGGUCAUCUCUGUGAUAUUAGGAGGUCUUCCCAUUAUGGGCUGGAACUGCAUCCAGCGUCUACAAAGCUGUUCCACCGUGUUGCCCCUCUACCACAAGUAUUAUAUCCUCUUCUGCACCUCGGUGUUCACGGGCCUCUUGUUGUCUAUCGUGGUUCUUUACUGCAGGAUCUACAUCUUGGUAAGGACCAAGAGCCGUCAGCUGACUUUCCGGAAGAACAUGGCCAAAGCCACCAGGAGCUCCGAAAAGUCUCUAGCUCUGCUCAAGACGGUGAUCAUUGUUUUAAGUGUGUUCAUUGUCUGCUGGGCUCCUUUGUUUAUUCUCCUCUUACUGGACGUGCGGUGCAAAGUCCGGACUUGCCCAGUUCUCCUCAAGGCCGAAUAUUUCUUAGUACUGGCGGUUCUCAACUCGGCCACUAACCCGAUCAUCUACACGCUAACGAACAAGGAGAUGCGGCGAGCUUUUGUCAAGAUUAUGUCAUGCUGCAAAUGUCCCACUGCAGACUCCGGGACCAAAUUCAAGAGGCCCAUCAUUGGGGGAAUUGAGUUCAGCCGAAGCAGAUCCGACAACUCCUCCCACCCGCAGAAAGACGAGGGGGACUCUCCAGAAACUAUUGUGUCUUCGGGUAAUGUCACCUCGUCAUCGUAGGAGCUCUCGAAUGGAGGAGGCGUGGGCCCGCUGAAGGCCGACGCGUGGAAUGGUUCUGAUCACUUCUCUCCCGCCAAGAUGAGGGAAAGGAUAGGCUGGAAGGGGAGUUGUGUGGCACUUGUGAGGGGAGGAGCGGGGACAGAUUGUGUGACUUGAAAACAUUUCCUCCCUGGAAGUUUGUUGUGUGUCGUUUGGGAUUGCAACGAGGCGACUUAAGGUUGCUGGAAGUGUUCGUGCCCUAUGUAACUCCGAAGACUGAAAAACCCCUGUUGAAUGAGAGUGGGUGGGGGGUGGGAAAUACUAUUUUCCUCUCCAGAAAAAUGUGAACCUAUAAAAUAAAGAGCUUACUGGGUU